CUCAGUAGCUGUACGCCACUCAAUGAAGGAAAAUCAUCAGAAAAUUUCCUAACUAAGUAACGGGAAAAAGUAGUGCGAGCAGAUUGUUUUCCCUUCUUCAUUAUUAGUUCACAUUCAACAACGGACGGCACGGUCGGUAUUUGCGCGAUAGCAGUCAGUGUUGAACGAAACGUAUCAUAACGUCCGUGUGUGUGGUACGAUAAAUUCAAAAAUAAAUAAAUUUCAAUUGUUCAAACGGGAACAAAGUUGUUAAUAACCAGCAAGCAAUUUACAGAAGCAGAGUGUCUAGCAGAAAUCUCUGUUGAUUAAAUAAUUCUAUUGUCAAUUUAAACCAAAAUCAUAUAAAUUUAUUUUAAUCAUCAUGUUGUUUAUGUGUCACCAAAUGGCCAUGAAGAAGGAGGCCAAUGAAAAACAAAAAGCUGAUGAAGUACGAAGACAACAAAUUGGUGUUGGUGUACCAAUUAUCUGGGUUUUGGGUGGUCCCGGCUGUGGCAAGGGUACUCAAUGUGCCAAAAUUGUGGAGAAAUAUGGUUUCGUCCAUUUGUCCAGUGGUGAUUUGUUGCGUGAAGAGGUUGCCUCCGGUUCACCCAAGGGCCAAGAAUUGGCUGCCAUCAUGAAGGAGGGCAAACUUGUUUCCAAUGAUGACGUUUUGGGUCUAUUGGAAAAGGCUAUUCGUGAAAGACUAAAUGGCGCCAAGGGUUUCCUUAUUGAUGGCUACCCACGUGAAAAGGAUCAAGGCGUUGCCUUUGAAAAGAAAAUAGCUCCUGCCGAUUUAGUUUUAUUCUUCGACUGUGCCGAUGCUACUUUGGUAAGCCGUGUUAUGGCUCGUGCUGCUGCAUCCACCGAAAAGCGUGCUGAUGAUAAUGAGGAAACUAUUAAGACCCGCAUUGCCACCUUCAGAUCAAACACCAAUGCCAUUCUUUCACAAUAUACCGACAAGACCUUGACAAUCAAUGCUGAACGCGGUGUUGAUGAAAUCUUCAAUGAUGUCACCUGUGCCUUGGAUUGUUUAAUACAAAAGAAAGCCACCGUAGUGGCCAGUGCAUAAAGACGGUCACACGCGAUCUAUUCGAUAUAGUUCUACUAUUUUAUGUUUGUUGUUUCUUCUUAAAUGUUAAUUUCUUUCGUUCGUUUUUUAAUUUUUAAAUAUGGAAAUAUGCACUUGCUGAUGUAGCACCUACAAAAUCGAGAGAAUAGCUAAAUAGUUUUUGAGAAUACCAAUGAUAUUAUUACCGGUUGAGGAAGGUUAUAGAAAACGAACUGGUCAAAAUAUGCUAUAAACCAAAGAUAAAUAAUGUGAGAACACUAAAACACAACAACAACAAAGCUUUAAAAUGGUUUAGAACAACAACAACAGCAACCACUACUACCACUUUAGCCAUUUAAAUAUUUAUUUAUUCUACAACUUAUACUCACCCUACCUCCAGCAGAAAAUAUCGCCAUCCCCUCAGUGCCGAAGAGACAAAAACAAAGCAAUGCUAAAAUACAAAAACGUGUCUAUUUUCAAUAACAAAAAAAAAAUACCAUUAAAUGAAUGUUAGUUCAAUUUGUAUUAAAUUUAAGUCACUUUUAAUUGAAAAAUAAAUGAAAAAUUAAACAAAAAAA